AACUGAAGACAAGGUGCUGUGGAUUGGAAGAACGAGGAUGAUUAUGAGCAGAUUUUUAGGACAUGUCUGCCUGCAGCAAAAUGAAGAUGCUUGGUGUUAAGUAUGUAGUCUUUGUGGAGAAAGCUCGCAUGUGGUGCAUGGAUGUAGCGUGGGCUGGUUAGUUUAGAGCAGGUUGGAGUGGGCUCAGGACACGCACCCGAUAGUGCUGGCGCUGUUGACUCCUGCUGUGAGAUUGUUAAUUUUGUUACCUGUCCUCGCUAAAUGAAAGUCAGCAGUGGGCUGACACAUUCACAGUGGUGUUCAGAUGUGAUUUAAGGAAAAACAGCUGCUUUAGUUUUAUCCCCUACACUGACUCUGGGUGACUCAGCUGUUAUUAGACAGCACCCACUUCUCCGUUCUGUUCCUCUAAGUGUGUCAAAACUACCAGUGUGCGUCUGAACCCCACUCACGUUUUAAAAACUACUCUCUACUCUGAAAGCCACUUGCUGCCAUCCAUUGCGUGUAAUUUCCCGAGGAAAGUGGCCGUGCGCGCAGCAGUUGCUUUGUCCGAGCAAUUGCGGAGGGGCGGGGUGGAGCGCAGGGGCAGCCCCGCAACCCCCGCGCCUGCCGGGACCCGCGGCCAGCGGCGGCUCCGCUUCUGCGUACCGGGGCAGCUCUUAGAGCCGCAGAGCUCCGUCCCCGCUGCCGACAGGAAAAGGCUUCCAACAAGACGUGAGGAUGAAGCGGUUCAUGGCCAUGUUAAACAGGAACAGAAACAAGGAUCCCCCACCCGCCAAGCUGCUGGAUCUAGCCGGACAGCUUUGCCAGGACCUCCAGAGCUCACCUCCUAGUCUGGAGAAGCUGGUUGAGGCCAUGAUGGGAUGUGAACACAAGAUGUAUUUUCUCACUAACAUCCACGUUGUCCGAGCUUGCGUGUCCUUUCAUAUCCAUAAUGGGCAGCAUGACACAGCCUGCAGGCUCCUGGAGCAUUGCAAGGCAGAAGAGAAGGAGGAGCUGGUGCAACUUUGGCAUGAGAUUCAUUACCGGAGGGUGAUGGAGAAACACCACACGAAUUUUCUGACACCGCUGCAGAAAUUCCGUUGCAGGAAGAGGAAUCCUCCACCUAUUUCCCUUUGUCCUGAAGGUUUGAAGAAUCGAAACUAUUCAGAUGAAGUACGUCAGCAACUGCACAGGUUUGCUGCAGAGGUGACAGCAAAUCCAAGCAAGGAACAGCGGGAAGGGUUGGCUCGGGACAUGAACCUGCAGCCAACUCAGGUCUAUAACUGGUUUGCGAAUUAUCGACGACGUCAAAAAUCCAGCCUCCUUCGUACAGAAAAGCUCAACAACUCACGUCCUGAGAGGACUUUGACUUACCCCAAAAAGGAGCAGCAAGAUGAAGGAUCCUACGCUCCACAAACUGCAGAUGGAUCUUGUGUAGGCAUCGGCCCUGAGCAAAUGGAGAUAACCCUCAUGCCUUGUGACCCAGGGUGGGAGCAGUCAGCUGCAGAUCUGGAUAAGCCUCCUGAAGGAACAUAUUUAAAGAUGCUGGAAUCCAGUUUUAUGCAGAGCAGUGAGCUGUUUGAAGCGAGGACAGGCAAGGCUUUGACCACGCACGAUGCCAAACAACCUGUAGCUUUUUGCACUGAGGCUAUGGUGGAACCAGGAACCUGCUUUAACUCUGCUGUCCUGCAGCCCAGAGAAGUAGCCAGCAGUAGUGACGCCAGCCCCCAGCUGAAUAACUUCAUCCUGUGCUCCUGUGGGUCCCUGACCUUCCCAGAUGAGCGGCUGGACAUGUGGCAGGCCCCUUGCAGCACCAGAGGAGUCUCUGUCCCCAUGUGGACCCCAAGUAUUGAAGUUCCUGUCAGACUGUGUUUGGCAAACCUCAGUGCCCACCUGUUUCUGCACCCUGCAUGGAAGAAAGCCAAGCCCUGGGACAAAGCCAGGUCCUGGAGGAUCCAGCUGGUGACCCAUUAGCCAACGACACCUUCUGGGCUGCGUGGCUGCUCUUCGAAUUCUCAGCUGGGGCGCGAAUGUGACCGGCCUGCAGAGACGCUCGAUGUGGUCUGCACCUCUCCAGGAACACCCCAUCCUUUCCUGUUUUCUUUUUUCUUCUUUUUUUUUUUUUAAUAAGUGAGGGGUUUGACAUGGAGAUGAAUAGAGAGAGAGUAAGAUAGAAGGAUGAAGGCUUUUUCUAAUGGUUACAAAGUUAGUUACAGUUUUAUUAAGGAUUUUGCAAAGGAUAAGAGAAACCGGAGGUGCAUUGUGGAUUGUAUGUUUUUACUGCAGCAAUCAGAAGCUGCAUGGUAGAUGCAAAAAAUAUCAAGUCACUGGUUCUGUGGCAGUUACAUAUUUCUACCCAUGGCACUGGUCAGAUCAGUCCUUCACUACAUCAUGAAGGUAAAUGAAGCUCCUCUACCCAAAAGGAGUAAAAAUGUAGUUACAUUGCCUAGCUGUGGAUACUGGGUAACUUUUUAUCAGGCCUAGAAAAAAAGGUCUCAGCUCAGUGCUGGUAAAAAUACUGCUAUUUCUCAUCCUGGCAUUUCUGUUGUACUGCUGGGUGUAACUUCUGGAGUGUUCCAUACUCUGCAGUGCCGCAGAUGCCACAGACUGGAGCAUGGCAGAAUUUCCAGCAGUAAACUCAAUGUUCUCGCAGGACUGGGGGAGGGCACAGAAGUGUUGUCAGUAUUUAACACUACAUGUAUCCCAGAUUGCCCAGGAAAGAAGGAUGAAUGGAGAAGGUGGGAGCUGCCGAACCUUGCUGAUCCAUUUUCAGUCCCCAGAUGCCGAGGCAGCCCUGUCCCCGUGCAGCAGUGUGACAGCAGUGGCCGGCCAGCAAGCGCCGUGCAAGUCAGCGUGAGUUGCGCAGAAUCUGUUUGCUAUGCACUGUAGUAGGUGCGGGGCUAAUACAGUAUUUGGCUGAAGGGUGAGCUGUGCCACACCGCUCUCACAGGGAGCCUUUGUAGCUCCCUUGUUUUUGCCUGGUGAUUUUCCUUCCCUAACCCGGCCUCGAGGCCGCCCGUCACCCGCCUUCAUGUCGCACUGCUCAUGGAUCAGGGGCCCUGCGUUGUUUCUUUCCCUUGGAGACUAAAAAGCAGAAUUGGGUAUGAGAGCGCUGGGGCGUGAGGAGCAAAGCAGAGCCCGGAUGCACGUUUAAAACUAAUGUCAUUGGGCAGUCUUCGCGGAAUUUAUCUUAAGUAUUACUGUUUUUUCUAAAAUCUGUAUUGUAUCUUCAGCCCCGAGAUACAUAAAGUGGAUGUCUCCAGUACCUUUUGUAAUAAAGUUAGCAAAUAAAGGUUAUGAAUGAC